AUGUUGCUGCAUCAUACACACAGCCUGGGCCUGAAGAUCCCGGAUUCGGAAGCAACUCGACCAGUCAAACUUCUCAGUGCGUGCACCGGAAGCUUUGCAGAGGGCGUGUGCUUCAAGGAGCUGGGCAUCCCUAUGACAUGUGUCAGUGCCAGUGAGCCGAACCCGAGCUUCCAGAAGUUUGCGCAGGCCAAUCACACAGCUUUGCAUUGGCACUCGACGAUGCAGGAUCAGCUGCAGGGUACGGCCUGUGUGUUGCAUGCUGGUGAAAGCAACAAAUGCCAGAUAGGUGACUGUGACUACAUGGUGAUAGGGAGCCCUUGCAACCCUUUUUCUGUUAUGAGCCCGAAGAGGUUCCAUGAUGGGACUGUGAAAGCACACACAUUGACAGUGCAUACAUUUGGGGAUAUUUGGCGGAUGCUUAUGAAGUUCAACCCGCCGACGGCCACCAUGGAGCAGACAGAGGGCUUUGCGAUGGCAGAGUCGAACAGCGUGACGAAGACUCCGAUGGACCAGCUUGGGCCUCGGAGAGCAUCUGACCUGUCCGAGUCCCGCUGUAAUGACUUUGUCAAUCUUUAG